AAGGAGAAGCGGUAUUGAGAAAGAAAAGAAUAAGAAUGAAAACAAGGCAAAGAAAGAGAAAGAGGUAUGAGGUGUUGAGAAAGGAAAGAAUUAGAAUGAAAGGCUGUAUACUCUUCAGCUUGCACCACUCGUCCAAUUCUAUUCCUUUGCUCAAUCUCUCUCUCACUCAAUUUCUCUCUUUCUCUCUCUAAAUUAUCAGCACAAAGAAUGGAAGGAGAAGCUGCUGCUGCCGCCCUUCAAGCUCUAAUUCAAAACCUCAUCGACCUCUCCAAGAAAGAGAUCUCUCAAAUCCGAGGUCUCGACAAAGAAGCAGCAAAGCUGGCUGCGAGUCUCGACACCAUCCAGAAAUUCUUGAACGAUGCCGAGAAGCGUGACAUCACCGGCGAAGCUGUCAAGAACUGGUUGAAGAAGCUUGAAAACGAGGCGUUCGAUGCUGACAAUGUUUUGAAUGAGCUCAACUAUCAUAUUCUCUCCAAACAAAUCAAGCCCAAGAAGGCAAAGGUACCAUCAUGCUUCUCAUGCUUCAAACAUAUUUCACGUUCUCGAAAUAUGGCUCUUAGAAUCAAAGAAAUCAAUGAGAAUUUGGAAUCCAUUAACAAAGAGGCUGCCGAGCUUGGCCUCGUAGAGAGGCUUGCCAAUGAGCCCACUUUGGUUAAUGCUGGAUUCGAAACUGAUUCAUACACUCUUGAUCCAAUUUUUAUUGGAAGAGAUGAUGUUAUGUCGGAAAUAGUUGAUAUGCUUACCAAUAGCAUCACAACUGAUGAACGUAGAGUUUCCAUCCUUGCCAUUGUCGGGAUGGGGGGAAUGGGGAAGACCACGCUGACUAGGAAAGUCUUCAAUCAUAUGAAGGAUGAGACUCGAUUUGGAUCACAUAUUUGGGUGCAUGUUUCACCAAAUUUUGAUCCAAUCUUUCUUUUCAAAAAAAUUCUCAAAGAGUUGACUUCUUAUGAAGUUGAAGUUGAGAGUAAGCAAGAUAUUCUUUCAAAGCUUCAACAAGCAUUGAAAGAUAAAACUUAUCUUCUUGUUCUUGAUGAUAUAUGGAAUCUAGAUGCUUUAAAAUGGGAAGAUUUUAUCAAUUCCUUGUUGGGAGUUAGUUGUAUCAAGGGGAAUGCCAUUGUUGUUACGACAAGAGAUAUGAAGGUGGCUUCAAUUGUGAAAACACUUCAUGAACACGAGUUGAAAGGCUUAUCGGAGGAAGAGUGUUGGUCGAUAAUUAGAGCAAAAACCUUUGGAGAAGGAAACGUUCCAUCAGAAUUUAAGACUAUUGGGAAAAAGAUUGCAACCAAAUGUCAAGGUUUGCCACUAGCUGCCAAUGUAGUUGGGGGAACACUGAGCAAUCAAUCCGAGGAAAAAUGGCGUUCAAUCAAGGAGAAAUGGCUUUCGCCAGAUGAAGGAGGAGAUUAUAUCACAAAAAUAUUAAGAUUGAGCUUUGAUAAUUUGUCUCUGCCAUCACUUAAAAAGUGCUUUGCGUACUGUGCGAUGUUUCCUAAAGGCUCCAAAAUCAUGAAACAGAAACUGAUUGAGUUUUGGAUGGCAGAAGGUUUUCUUCAAGCUGAUGGAAGGGAUGAGAUGGAGUCCGUGGGUGAAAAAUUUAUCAACGUUCUUCUCCACAACUCUUUACUGCAAGUUUCAGAGAGAGAUGAUUACGGAAAUGUAAAAAGUUGUGGUAUGCACGAUCUUGUGCACGAUCUGGCUUGUUCUGUUUCAAGUUCCUCUAACAGUACAUGUGGUAGCCGAUUUCGAUAUAUGACUCUCGGAAAGGAAUCAAGUCCUAUCCCAAAAGAAAUGGCGAAAUCUCUGCGUACAUUAUUAAUAUCAUAUGGAUGUGAUAGUUCUGGUAUCAACUUCUCAGACUUCGAAAGUUUGCAUGUUUUACGUCUUGAGUAUGGAGUUAAAGAGUUGUCAAGUUCGAUUCGAAAGUUGAUACAUUUGAGACAUUUUGACAUUUCAGAAACAAUGAUUGAAUAUUUGCCGGAUUGGAUUGGUGAAUUCUUUCACUUGCAGACGUUGAGAGUAGACACAGGAUAUUUGAAGAAACUGCCAAGUACAAUUAAGUACUUGAUUAACUUGAGGCAUCUUUAUAUUACUGGGAAGGUAGAGUUGCCUGCGGGAAUCGGGCGAUUAACUUGUCUCCAAACGCUGAAGUACUUUCCAGUGGGGGACGAGAAUGGGUGCAAAAUUGAAGAGCUGGGAAGUUUGAAUAAUCUUAAAGGAGAGCUAAGGAUUAGGAAUCUGGAAAGGGUUGAUGACAAGGAAGAGGCUGAGAAGGCCAAUUUAUUCAAAAAGUCAAAAAUAUUGGAUUUGCAUUUGGAAUGGAAUGAUCGCAGAGAAGGGGAAACAAAUGAUGAGAAUGUAUUGGAAGGCAUGCGUCCACACUCAGAUCUGAGGAGGUUGCAUAUUGGCGGAUUCAAAGGCAAAAGAUUUCCAUUAUGGACUCAGAAGAUGUCAGAUUUGAACAAGUUAAUAUCAUUAACACUGCGGAACUGCAAAGAAUGUGAAGAGAUCCCAAUGUUGUGGCACUUGCCCAAUCUCAAGUCCCUUAAGUUGGAAGGAUGGAGCAAUUUGAAGUGUAUAAAUUCAUCAUUCUACGGAAUGGUGAACAACGACACACGCAUUGUUUUUCCAGCUCUCGAAAAGCUCGAAUUGCAUCGCAUGCCUAAGCUGACAAAGUGGGCAGAAAUAGAAGUUUUGGGUGCAAGUGAAGUGAAGCCAUUUCCUCGCCUCCAACAUUUGAAAAUUAAGUGGUGCGAGCAAUUGAUGAGUGUUCCAAGUCAUGUCUCGUCAUGCCUUGAAUAUUUGUUCAUUCGUGAGAUCGGUGUGAAAUGUCUCCCAGCUGAUUGGUUAUUCAGUAACAACCAGACUCUCUCUAAAUUGUAUAUAAGGCGGUGCCCCAAUUUGAGAGAAUUAGGGGAUAGAGAUAGCGGCGGAGAACAAUCCCAACGAAGCUUCACAUCCCUUCGCCGUCUCAGGAUUGAGGAAUGCAGAGCAUUGGAGUAUUUGCCAUGUGAAAUGCUAGGAUUCUCUCUUGAGGAGCUGUCGUUGAAUUGGUUAAGUAGUCUAAAGAAUCUAGGAAGGGUAAUUGAGUACCUCCCAAGAUUGCCUCGUCUAACAGAAUUGGAAAUUAGAGGCGUUCCUAAAUUUAUGGCCACUGGUUGUCUUAUGAUUUCGCGUUUUCCCAGCUUGAGACGAAUAAGUAUCGAUGUUAGUAUGGGGGUGGAGACUGUGGAUGCCAUAUUGCAAGGAUGUUGCCACUCACUUGAUAAGUUACAUUUGAAGGGGAUGGAAAGUUGUGAAUGCCUACCGGAAUCAAUUCAACUUCUCACUGCUCUUUCUCGGUUAUGGUUAUUUAAUUUUGGAAUGGAAGAGUUACCUGAAUGGUUUGGGAACCUCUCAUCCCUAAAGGAUUUGAGGUUAGAUAACUGCAAAAGGCUAAGGCGUCUACCCUCUAUGGAUGCAAUGCGACGCCUCACCACAUUAAAACAACUAUCUAUUUGGGAUUGCCCGGAAUUACCGAUUAAAAGUGAGGCAGCUGAUUCUGAAUGGCCCAAGCUUUUUCAUAUCCCCCGCAUCAUCGUCGGUGCCGAUGAUUCUGAAUAAAGUGAAACGAGGAAACAGUUGUAUUUGGGGUGUUUCUAAAGAUAAAGAAUUAGAAGGUGAAGCAAGGGAUCAGUGAAGAAGGAAUGAGUGAGUAUCUAUUUUCUUCAUUAUGAUGUGCUCAACCUCUUUUCAUAAUUUUUUAAUUUCCUAUAUUUAUUUAUUUGAACUUUUGUUGAUAGGAUUAUUAAGCAUGUGGAUACCAAUUUGUUUCGGACAGACAGAGCAAUCUCCACCUCUACUCAUGUUUUUACAUUUCUAUUAUAUGUGGUUUUAUCUUUUAUGCUAUAUUUUUCUCUACCUUUGGAUUGAGACUGUAAAUUGUAAUAUAAUUUCCCUAUUAUAUGUUUUUACAAAUGAAUUAUCAUUUGUAUGGACUAUCAUUCUGAACAAAUAAUACAACCCUAAAAAUAUUUUACGGG